UACCCUCCUCCGGCCUCGCACCGCGCACCCGGAUCCCGAACACAGGUCGUCACCUACCUGCUGCUCAUCCUCCCCUUCGAGUUCCAGAGGCUUCUAGAAGCUCUGACGGAAGCCAUGGCACGGAAGAAGAUCCGGGAGUACGACUCCAAGCGCCUCCUCCGGGAGCACCUCAAGCGCCUCGCCGGCAUCGACCUCCAGAUCCUCUCCGCGCAGGUCACACAAUCAACAGAUUUCACUGAGCUUGUGAACCAGGAGCCAUGGCUCUCAUCUAUGAAGUUGGUCGUGAAACCUGACAUGCUGUUUGGUAAACGUGGGAAGAGCGGACUUGUGGCCCUCAACCUAGAUCUCGCCCAAGUUCGCCAAUUUGUCAAGGAGCGGUUGGGAGUUGAGGUCGAGAUGGGUGGCUGCAAAGCUCCAAUUACAACCUUCAUAGUUGAGCCGUUUGUGCCCCAUGAUCAAGAGUACUACCUUUCAAUUGUAUCAGAAAGGCUUGGCUGUACCAUUAGUUUCUCAGAGUGUGGAGGUAUUGAGAUUGAGGAGAACUGGGACAAGGUUAAGACGAUCUCUCUUCCCACAGAGAAGCAAAUGACACCUGAUGCAUGUGCUCCGUUGAUUGCCACCCUGCCGUUGGAGGUCCGCGCAAAAAUAGGUGAUUUCAUUAGAGGGGUAUUUUCUGUUUUCCAAGACUUGGAUUUCUCAUUUCUUGAGAUGAACCCAUUCACCUUGGUAAACGGUGAACCGUAUCCUCUGGAUAUGAGAGGAGAACUGGAUGACACAGCCGCUUUCAAGAACUUCAAGAACUGGGGUAACAUUGAGUUCCCUCUACCUUUCGGAAGAGUGCUCAGCCCCUCAGAAAGCUUUAUCCACGAACUGGAUGAGAAGACAAGUGCAUCUCUGAAGUUCACAGUAUUGAACCCAAAAGGGCGCAUUUGGACAAUGGUUGCAGGUGGUGGCGCUAGUGUCAUAUAUGCUGACACGGUCGGAGAUUUGGGAUAUGCUUCGGAGCUAGGAAAUUAUGCAGAGUACAGUGGAGCUCCCAAUGAGGAGGAGGUUCUGCAAUAUGCUAGAGUGGUUCUGGAUUGUGCUACCACGGAUCCUGAUGGCCGUAAACGAGCCCUUCUGAUCGGAGGAGGUAUAGCAAACUUCACUGAUGUUGCUGCUACAUUUAGUGGCAUCAUUCGGGCUUUAAGAGAGAAGGAAUCCAAAUUAAAGGCCGCAAGGAUGAACAUUUAUGUUCGGAGAGGUGGUCCAAACUACCAAACUGGACUUGCUAAAAUGCGCGCCCUAGGUGCGGAACUUGGUGUUCCAAUUGAGGUAUAUGGGCCAGAGGCGACAAUGACUGGAAUCUGCAAACAAGCCAUUGAUUGCAUCAUGACCGAAGCAUAAAUCUCGCAGUGGAGUCAAGCUGUUUGCCGCUGCGUCCGUUUUGUUUCAGACAUGUAAUAUGGGAAUUGUUGGAGUGAAACAGAGCGCGGUCAUUGUUGUGAGUAAACUACCGUUGUACCAAUUGCAUAAUAAUAUGGAUCUUUUUUUUGUUGAAGGAAACACGCCCAUUAAGGGCACUUCAUUCAAACACAAGAAAUUUUACAAAGUUUAGCCCAAAGAGGCCAUGUACAAAGAGCACUUGUUAAAGGACAACCAUUCUGAUGGUUGAUAUUAGAACAUGAAACAACUUGGUUGCUAUUUCUAA